AAUAGACAGGUAAAUUAUCAUAGGUAAACUUUACUUUGCAGUAGUCAUAGUGUGGAUUUUUAUCAUUUUAUCAACAGGUGAUAUGUUAUGUAGAAACCAAUCGCUCGUGUAUACCUGUCGACUGUGUGCUACCUGAAAUAUACGUACAGGUGAGGAAAACAAAAAGCGGUGACGUCACAGGGCCGAACGAGUGAGAGAACCGACAGGUUUGGCAGGGUGUGACCGGUACAUACACAGGGAAAUACGCUUCAGAACAACAUGGAGGACCUACCGGGCUAAACUCGCUUACAAUCUUCCACCGACAUAUUCAACAAGGAACAGCUGGCUGUUGUAGGAUUCAAGUAGAAAAAAUUCCACUGGUACCCAAGGGGAAGACAUUGCUGUGAUGUAAAUACAACUAGAGCAUCUUGUUGGUCACUGAAAUCAUCUCCAAAAUGGUUAUCUUAGGAAAGGGGGACCAUGUGUGGUUGGAGCCCGAGACGAAGGGGGAGUUCACCGUGGCUAUCGGGGCCAGGGUCAAGUUCCACGACUCCGGCCGUGUACAUGUUGUUGACGACGAUGGAAAUGAACAUUGGCUGGACGGGAAACAGAAAAUCCGACACAUGCACUCGCACUCCGUGGAGGGGGUGGAAGACAUGAUUGGGCUAGGGGAUCUCAAUGAGGCCGGCAUCCUCAGAAACCUGUUUAUACGUUACAUGGACAAUCUCAUCUAUACUUACACUGGUUCAAUCAUGGUGGCCGUGAACCCGUACCAGAUACUGCCGAUCUACACAGCCGAACAGAUCCAGGCUUACCGUGACAAGAAAAUCGGCGAGCGCCCUCCACACAUAUUUGCCAUAGCUGACAAUUCCUACUUCAAUAUGAGGCGAUACCAAAGAGACCAGUGUGUCAUCAUCAGUGGUGAGUCGGGCGCCGGUAAGACGGAGAGUACCAAGCUCAUCCUACAGUUCCUGGCCGCCGUCAGUGGUCAGCACUCCUGGAUAGAGCAGCAGAUCCUAGAGGCAAACCCCAUUAUGGAGGCCUUUGGAAAUGCAAAAACAAUACGAAACGACAACUCGAGUAGAUUUGGAAAAUAUAUAGACAUUCACUUCAACGACAAAGGCACCAUUGAAGGUGCCAAGAUAGAGCAGUAUCUACUGGAAAAGUCUCGGAUCGUCACGCAGGCGCACGACGAACGCAACUACCACAUAUUUUAUUGUAUGCUGGUUGGGAUGACCAAGGAGGAGAAACAAAAGCUGGAUGUUGGGAGUGCCACUGACUACUGGUACCUUACCCAGGGGGGCAGUAUCUUUUGUGACGGGAGGGACGACACAAAGGAGUUUGCUGAUAUUCGGUCAGCCAUGAAGGUCCUCAUGUUCCAAGACAAGGAAGUCUGGGAAAUUCUCAAAAUUUUAGCGUCAUUACUACACUUGGGAAACAUCAAGUAUAAUGCCAUUGAGAUGGACAACAUGGACGCAACUGAAAUCCAGGACAUACAGUCUGUCAACAAAGCUGCCAAACUGAUGGAGGUGCGGGCUCAGGAUUUAAUAGACGCUUUGACCACGCGGUCAAUUGUAACACAGGGUGAAAUCGUGACGACGAUGAUGAGUGUGGGGAAUUCUCAGGAUGUGCGGGACGCGUUUGUGAAGGGAAUUUAUGGUCGCAUGUUUAUCUGGAUAGUGCAAAAAAUUAACUUUGCUAUUUUUAAACCAAAGACUGCACCCAAUCAUUUCCGGACAUCAAUAGGGGUUUUGGAUAUAUUUGGAUUUGAAAGUUUUGACCAUAACAGUUUUGAACAGCUCUGUAUAAACUAUGCCAACGAAAAUUUACAACAAUUCUUUGUACGCCACAUCUUCAAACUGGAGCAGGAAGAAUAUGACAAUGAAGGAAUCAAUUGGCAACAUAUUGAAUUCGUGGACAACCAGGACGCCUUGGACCUGAUUGGUGCAAAGGCCAUGAACAUCAUCUCAUUGGUUGACGAGGAAAGCAAAUUCCCUAAGGGAUCCGACCAGACUAUGUUGGCCAAGCUCCACCAACAACACAAGGACAAUAGGAACUAUCUCCGACCCAAGGCCGAAAUCACACAUGUGUUUGGCCUCAACCACUUUGCUGGAGUUGUCUUCUACGACGCCAAAGGAUUCCUGGAGAAGAACCGAGACACGUUCAGUCCAGAUCUUCUACAGCUGAUACAGACCUCCUCCAAUCCCUUCCUGGCUGGACUCUUUACUCAGGAUAUCACCAUGGGAGCUGACACCAGGAAAAGGGCACCUACCUUGGGAUCACAGUUCAAGAAAUCCCUGGAGCUGUUGAUGAGAACACUAGGAGCAUGUCAGCCGUUCUUCGUCAGGUGUAUCAAACCCAACGAGCUCAAAAAACCAUUGAUUUUUGACCGUGAGCUGUGUUGUAAACAGCUACGUUACUCUGGAAUGAUGGAGACCAUUAGAAUCCGUCGAGCUGGAUACCCCAUCCGGCAUCGUUUUAACGACUUUGUAGAUCGCUACCGACUGUUGGCAUCAGGCAUUGGACCAUCCCAUAAGGAAAACUGUCGACAAGCUUCAGAGAAAAUUUGCGAGGUAGUCCUAGGGGGCAAGGAUUACCAGAUGGGGAAAACCAAAGUAUUUUUAAAGGAUGCCCAGGAUGUGUAUCUAGAACAACAGAGGGAGUUGGCCCUGACGGCCAAGAUUCUGAUCCUGCAGAAGACAAUCCGUGCCUGGCACUGCAGACGCAAGUUCCUGAAAAUCAAGACUGGCUCCAUCCUUAUCCAGAAGAUGUGGCGACAAUACCUGGAGAGGAAGCGCUUCCUUCUGAUGAAGCAAGGAUACAUGCGACUACAGGCAGUGGUGAGGUCACGCUUACUGACUGCGCAGUUCAACCGUAAACGGGCCGUCAUCAUUGACUUACAGCGCCGUUGCCGUGGCUACCUGGUGAGGAAGUGGACGAUGCAGAGGAUGAUUUCCAUCGUUAAGAUUCAGGCUGUGGUGCGUGCCAUGAUCGCCAGGCGUAAAUACAAACGUCAAAAGAUUGAGUACCACAACAAGAUGGAGCUGGAACAUCUACGAAAGGAAGAAGAAGGCAAACUGAAGCGAAAAAUGAACGACAAAAAGGCUAAAAUGGAGGCAGAGCGACUUUAUCAGGAGCGUCUGCGGGAGAUGGAGAGAAAAGUUGAGGAGGAGGAGAGCAUGGAGAAAAACAUGGCUAUCCAGAAGAAGGAACAGAUUGAAAUAGCUGAGAGGAGGAAGAAUGAGCCAGUCAGCGACUCCAAACUGGUUGAGGAGAUGUUUGGCUUCAUCGAUGGUAACACUGAUGAUGGCGCAGCUCCAUAUUCAUUUAAAGACUUGGAAGACAAGCGCCGUCGAAUUGCCCACGAGAACGGUAUCGAGGACUAUAGUAGUCUGAUGGAGCCGGAGCUGCCGGAGGAUGACGAGGACCUCACCGAGUAUAAAUUCUCCAAGUUCGCAAGCAUGUACUUCCAGGCUAAUACUCCACAUACAUUCAUACGCAAGGCACUCCGGGAACCCUUACUGCCAAUGAAAAAUGACGGUGACAAACUGGCGGCACUGGCUGUAUGGAUCACGAUACUGAGAUUUAUGGGAGAUUUACCCGAGCCCAAAUAUACUGCCAUGGCACAAGACUCGAGGGAUACCACUCCAGUCAUGACCAAGAUCUACUCCACGCUAGGACGCAAGUUCAACAAAAAGGAUUUGGAGGAGGCACAAAGGAUGGGUCUGGAUAUUGAGAAGGAACCUUACCCAAUGGGUAGAGCUGGAAAACGCAGCAUGAGGAAGAAGCUUGUGUCCUUGACCUUGAAGAAGAAGUCAAAGAUCACAGAGGAGGUGACACGUAAAUUGAUGGCGGACUUUGACGGUAGCUAUGGUAGCAAUGCCCUCCUGGAGGAACGGCCCACGUCUAACCUGGAAAAGCUCCAUCUCAUCAUCGGACACGGAAUUCUCAGGCCUGAGCUGCGGGAUGAAAUCUACAGCCAAAUUUGUAAGCAGUUGACUCAGAACCCCACCAAGAGCAGCCAUGCUCGAGGCUGGAUCCUGCUGUCCCUGUGUGUAGGCUGCUUUGCCCCUACAGACAAGUUUUUGAAGUAUCUGCGAAACUUUAUACAUGAGGGGCCUCCGGGAUAUGCUCCUUACUGUGAGAGUCGUCUCCGCCGGACAUUCGCUAACGGCACACGUAACCAGCCUCCUAGCUGGCUGGAGCUACAAGCCACAAAGUCCAAGAAGCCUCUGAUGCUUCCCAUUACCUUUAUGGACGGCAACACGAAGACCCUCCUGGCUGACUCUGCUACCACGGCUAAGGAACUCUGUAUGCAACUGUCUGAAAAGAUUGUCCUCAAGGACCAGUUUGGGUUCUCCCUUUAUAUUGCAUUGUUUGACAAGGUGUCCUCGCUGGGGAGUGGCGGAGACCAUGUGAUGGACGCGAUCUCCCAAUGUGAACAGUAUGCCAAAGAACAAGGCGCCCAGGAGAGAAAUGCCCCAUGGCGACUCUUCUUCCGUAAGGAGAUCUUUGCUCCCUGGCACAAUCCUGGAGAAGACACAACAGCCAGCAAUCUGAUCUUCCAGCAAGUUGUGCGUGGCAUCAAAUUUGGAGAAUACCGCUGUGAUAAGGAUGAUGACCUUGCGAUGAUCGCGGCCCAGCAGUACUACAUAGAGUAUGGAUGUAACGCUAACCCUGAAAGGCUCCAAUCUCUUCUGCCGUCUUACGUACCAGACUCAUCACUUCAGAAACCAAAUGCUACAGGCUUCUGGAUCAAUAUGAUAAUGACUAAGCUACGGAUACCGUACUUUGAGAGGAUCAAACCGGUCAAGGUCAAAGAGGACAUAGUCAGUUAUGCCAAGUACAAGUGGCCACUUCUGUUUUCACGCUUUUACGAGGCGUAUAAGUUCGCUGGUCCGAGCUUGCCAAAGAACGAUGUGAUCAUCGCUGUGAACUGGACAGGAGUGUACAUCGUGGACGACCAGGAACAAGUGUUGUUGGAACUCUCCUUCCCGGAGAUUACAGCUGUAUCCAGUAGCAGAACGGGUAAGAUGCAUGGGCAGAGCUUCACAUUGGCCACGGUGAAGGGAGACGAGUACACAUUCACGUCGCCAAAUGCAGAGGAUAUACGUGACCUUGUCGUGACCUUCCUAGAGGGUCUAAAGAAACGCUCCAAAUAUGUGAUCGCCUUACAGGACUACACUUCACCUGGUGACGGGUCUUCGUUCCUCGACUUCACCAAGGGUGAUCUUAUUGUGCUGGACCAACAGAAUGGGGAGACUGUGAUGAACUCAGGCUGGUGUGUCGGAGAAAAUGUGCGUACGAAUGUGAAGGGUGACUUCCCGGCCGAGUGUGUCUAUGUACUGCCAACGAUCAACAAACCCCCUCCAGAAAUUCUGAAUCUGUUCCUCCAGUCUGGUGAGCAAGCAGAUCGGAUGCUGGCUCCGACCCAGGUGGACAACGUUCCGGAUACGGGAACAGACGUACCUUACACACUGGAACACUAUUCUUACGAUCACUUCAGACCUCCUCCCAAGCGUACCCUGUCCAAGACCCUGUCAACAGCACGCAAGAGGCGCCCUGACGAACUGUGGCGACACUCCAAGGAGCCGCUCAAACAGCCACUGCUUAAGAAACUGCUGGGCAAAGAAGAGCUUUGUCAGGAAGCAUGCAUGUGUUUCCUAGCUCUCUUGAAAUACAUCGGUGACCACCCCUCGAAACGAGGAAGGACGGCCAACGAGCUCACAGAUCAAAUCUACGAACCUCCUCUACGAAAUGAACUUCUGAGAGAUGAGAUUUAUUGUCAGAUGAUAAAGCAACUGACAAACAACAGAAAUGAAACCAGUGAAAGGCGGGGCUGGGAACUCAUGUGGUUAGCUACGGGAUGUUUUAUCCCCAGUACAAACCUUCUGAAGGAGGUGAUGCAAUUCCUUAGGUCCAGUCGCAGCCACAUAGCCACAGAUUGCAUCAGCAGGGUACAAAAGACACUGAGAAAUGGUACGAGGAAGUACGCCCCGCACCAGGUCGAGGUAGAGGCCAUACAACACAAGACCACACAAAUCCUACACAAAGUCUACUUCCCUGACGACUCGGACGAGGCCUUUGAAGUGGAGUCAAGUACACGAGCGAAAGAUUUCUGUCAGAACAUUGCCAACAAACUGAGGCUGAAGUCAUCGGAAGGAUUCAGCUUAUUUGUGAAAAUUGUUGAUAAAGUGAUAAGCGUGCCUGAAGGAGACUUUUUCUUUGACUUUGUGCGACAUUUGACUGACUGGAUCAGGAAAGCCAGACCGAGCCGAGAUGGAACAGUACCCCAGUUCACAUACCAGGUGUUCUUCAUGAAGAAGUUGUGGAGUAACACAAUGCCGGGCCGUGACAUCCAGGCCGACCGGAUAUUCCACUACCACCAGGAGCUACCUAAAUUACUAAGAGGCUACCACAAAUGUAGUAAAGACGAGGCUGCUCAGAUGGCUGCGCUAAUAUACAGGGUCAAAUGUGGGGACAACAAGAGUAGUCUGGCCAACAUCCCGCGGAUGUUACGAGAGUUGAUACCGGCAGAUCUAGUGCGUGUUCAAUCACCAGAGGACUGGAAGAGGGCUAUUGUGAACUACUUCAACCGUGAUUCACAGCGAACUCUCGAGGACCCCAAAGUAGAAUUCCUUAAAAUUAUUUACAAAUGGCCCACGUUCGGAUCGGCGUUCUUCGAAGUCAAGCAAGCGACAGAGCCCACAUACCCUGAUGUUCUGCUCAUAGCCAUCAACAAGAACGGAGUCAAUCUUAUCAAUCAACAAACCAAGGAUAUCCUGGCCACGCAUCCUUUCACCAAGAUAUCCAACUGGAGCAGCGGUAACACUUAUUUCCACAUGACCAUCGGCAAUCUUGUCCGAGGAAGCAAGCUGCUGUGCGAAACAUCCCUGGGAUACAAGAUGGAUGACCUUUUGACCUCUUACAUCAGCUUGAUGUUGACAAGUAUGAACCGUCAAAAACCAUCGAGACACUAAAAAACCCGCAGUACAAUGUGUACAUUCUAUUUCAAGACUUAGACACUUAAAAAAGACAUUUUGGGGUCUCCAAAACUGUGAGGAAGUUUGAGAGGAUGAAGAUGCUUGUGUAACGGAAUUAUGUGUCAGCCAUUCUUUCUGUGUUUCAUAUGAAGAGUUCCAAUCUCUUUAAAUCCGAUGAACUUCACCCUAUCCUAAUGGUAGAUAUGGGGAACAGAAAUGAAUCAUGUUAAUUUGAUAUUUUUUUUUUGAAGGAGAAAUUCUGUUAUAAAACUUCUUUAGUCCCUUUUCAUAUUGUAGAAAAUAUUAUUUAUGUAUGAAUUUCAUUCGUUCUUGAAUGUAACAAUGUCGACUAAAACCUAUAAUAAAUAUUUGAUACUGAGUUCUACUUACGCUAGUGAUAAAUACAGCACAGAUACAAUAUUUCGCGAUUGUGGUUUAUUAUAGAAAUAUAACCAUUUAUUUUUUACCUAAGUAAUCGUCUAUUGUAACAAAGUGUCACUUUCCAGUACCUGCAUAUACUAAGGGCUUAGAGGAACUAUGUGUGAAAUUGGAUCAUGUGGUAUCCGAGUCAAUAUACAUCUAUGGUUACCGAGUGUAGAUACAUCUAUGGUAACCGAGUGGCGAUACACCUACGGUAACCGAUUGAAGAUUCACCUAUGGUAACCGAUUGUACCUAUGGUAACCGAUUGUACCUAUGGUAACCGAUUGUACAUAUGGUAACCAAGUGAAGAUAUAUACAUAUGGUUACCAAGUGAGGAAGUACCUAUGGUUACCAAGCAAAGAUACAUCUAUAGUUUCCAAGUGAAGAUGUAUACAUAUGGUUACCGAGUGAGGACAUUCCUAUGGUUUUCAAGUGAAGAUGUACAUAUGGUUACCAAGUGAGGACAUUCCUAUGGUUUUCAAGUGAAGAUGUACAUAUGGUUACCGAGAGAGGACAUUCCUAUGGUUUUCAAGUGAAGAUGUAUACAUAUGGUUACCGA